AUGCCCCAGUUGUUUGCUCCGGCAAGGACGAAGACGAAGCCAAGGCCGACCCAGCCGAAGUUGCCGAACUCAAGAAGAAGGUCGACGAUCUCGAAGACAAGCUUAAGGAGCUUGCCGACAAGAAGAAGUCCAGCAGCAGCAGCAGCAGCUCCAGCGACAAGGGCGAAGACAAGGGUGACGAAGAAGAAGUCAUCAGCCCAGCCGCCCAAGCCGCCCUCAAGGCCCUCGAGAACGAAGACACACCAGCUCUUGCAGAGCUUGCCAAGCGCGUUGACGAUCUCGAGAAGAAGCUUGCCGAUACACCAGUUGCCGAGUCCGCCGCCGAGGAUGCCCCAGUUGUUUGCUCCGGCAAGGACGAAGACGAAGCCAAGGCCGACCCAGCCGAAGUUGCCGAACUCAAGAAGAAGGUCGACGAUCUCGAAGACAAGCUUAAGGAGCUUGCCGACAAGAAGAAGUCCAGCAGCAGCAGCAGCGACAACAGCAACGACGAAGAUGAAAUCAGCCCAGCAGCCAAGACCACAUUAA